UCGUUUAGAGUUGAGCCUGAAUGGAAGUGGCGCGCCACUGCUGACAUUACCCAGGUCCAGGCGGCUGGGGUUCGGACGCCGGCCGGGAUUCGGGUACCUCGGACCUCGGGUGCAGAGCGGAACGCGAGGAGGCGGCGGCGGCGGCGGCGCGGCGAGCGUUGGUGGAGGGGGCGGCUGUUCACGGCCCCAAGACAUGGCUCACAACAAGAUUCCCCCGCGGUGGCUAAACUGUCCGCGGCGCGGCCAGCCGGUGGCAGGAAGAUUUUUACCUCUGAAGACAAUGUUAGGACCAAGAUAUGACAGUCAAGUUGCUGAAGAAAAUCGGUUCCAUCCCAGUAUGCUUUCAAAUUAUCUGAAGAGUCUGAAGGUUAAAAUGGGCUUGUUGGUGGACCUGACAAAUACUUCAAGAUUCUAUGACAGAAAUGACAUAGAAAAAGAAGGAAUCAAAUAUAUAAAACUUCAGUGUAAAGGACAUGGCGAGUGCCCUACAACGGAGAAUACCGAGACAUUUAUUCGUCUAUGUGAGCGGUUUAAUGAAAGAAACCCGCCUGAGCUUAUAGGUGUUCAUUGUACUCAUGGUUUCAAUCGCACUGGUUUCCUCAUAUGUGCCUUCUUGGUGGAGAAAAUGGAUUGGAGUAUUGAAGCAGCAGUUGCUACUUUUGCUCAAGCCAGACCACCGGGAAUUUAUAAGGGUGAUUAUUUGAAAGAACUUUUUCGUCGCUAUGGUGAUAUAGAGGAAGCACCACCCCCACCUCUAUUGCCAGAUUGGUGUUUUGAGGAUGAUGAAGACGAAGAUGAGGACGAGGAUGGAAAAAAGGAAUCAGAACCUGGGUCGAGUGCCUCCUUUGGCAAAAGGAGAAAAGAACGUUUAAAACUGGGUGCUAUUUUUUUGGAAGGCGUAACUGUUAAAGGUGUAACUCAAGUAACAACUCAACCAAAGUUAGGAGAGGUACAACAGAAGUGUCAUCAAUUCUGUGGCUGGGAAGGGUCUGGAUUCCCUGGAGCACAGCCUAUCUCCAUGGACAAGCAAAAUAUUAAACUUCUGGAGCAGAAGCCAUAUAAAGUAAGCUGGAAAGCAGAUGGUACGCGGUAUAUGAUGUUGAUUGAUGGCACAAAUGAAGUUUUUAUGAUUGAUAGAGAUAAUUCAGUGUUUCAUGUUUCAAAUCUGGAAUUUCCAUUUCGUAAAGAUCUCCGCAUGCAUUUAUCAAAUACUCUCCUAGAUGGGGAAAUGAUUAUUGACAGAGUAAAUGGACAGGCUGUUCCUAGAUACUUGAUAUACGACAUAAUUAAAUUCAAUGCACAGCCAGUUGGAGAUUGUGAUUUUAAUAUUCGUCUGCAGUGUAUAGAACGAGAAAUAAUAAAUCCUCGACAUGAAAAAAUGAAGACGGGGCUCAUUGACAAAACACAGGAACCAUUUCGUGUCAGAAAUAAGCCAUUUUUUGACAUCCAUGCUUCAAGAAAGCUACUUGAAGGAAAUUUUGCCAAAGAAGUCAGCCAUGAAAUGGACGGUCUCAUUUUCCAGCCCACUGGAAAAUAUAAACCUGGUCGAUGUGAUGAUAUUUUGAAAUGGAAGCCUCCCAGUUUGAAUUCUGUGGAUUUUCGCCUAAAGAUAACAAGAAUGGGAGGAGAAGGGUUACUUCCUCAGAAUGUUGGCCUUCUCUAUGUUGGAGGUUAUGAAAGACCCUUUGCACAAAUCAAGGUGACAAAAGAGCUAAAACAGUAUGACAACAAAAUUAUAGAAUGCAAAUUCGAGAACAACAGCUGGGUCUUUAUGAGACAGAGAACAGACAAAAGUUUCCCUAAUGCCUACAACACUGCCAUGGCCGUGUGCAACAGCAUCUCAAACCCUGUCACCAAGGAGAUGCUCUUUGAGUUCAUCAACAGAUGUGUGACAGCUUCUCAAGGACAGAAGCGAAAGCAUCAUCAUCUGGACCCGGACACGGAGCUCAUGCCUCCACCACCUCCCAAAAGACGUUUGACUGAAAGACCUGCCUCUGACUUCAGGAUUGAGAGGAAAGAUGAGUGAGGAAAAGUGCUGUUGCCCCAUAUUCUUUGCGACCAGAGAAAUUCAAAACAGAGUGUGGCUUGAUGUUGAUACACGUUUGACUUUAAAAAAAAAAAAAAGAAGAAAGUAUUGUAGCCAGCCUGUAAAUAUUUGAUGCAUUUGUUUCCUCAGUGCUACAAUACAUCAUGGACUUAAACAUUUUAUUUAUAUCUGGUAAACUCAGCCUUACCUUGUGGAAUCUGAAGAUUGAAAUAUCCAAAGGUUUAAAUGAGAUUGAAAUCAAUGAAGAAGAGGCCUUGUUUAUAUAUGGAUAACUUACACUUUAAUUUAUAAAGUUAGCAAUCUAGAACUGUGAGCGCCUAGAACACUGUAUUUUUUAGAAGUUGUAUUUCAACUAUGAUAGGUUUUCCUUUUAAAACAUUUAGACAAUGGCAUUAAAUAUUCCUGCUAUUAUUUAUCAUGGAUUUCCUACAUUUCUGAAAUUCUUGUAUUCAAAACCAAAUGACAAAGUUGUUAAAUAUUGUACUAUAUUAAACAACUUGGUCUGGCUUAUAUCAUUCUAAGAAGUUGUUUUGGAAAUGUAAAAGUAAAAAAGUAAAGCUCCAAUUUUGUUAAUUUCAUCCUUUCUAAAGGAGGUAUAUUGAGUCUUUUCAUCGUCUCUUUCUGUUGUUUGAACUGCAGUAUCAGCUAUCCAAUGUAUCCACUCUGGCAGUGGUCCCGAGUUACUUCAUAGAACUUAGAGACACACCACCCGGUCCUGUGUGUGUUGUUCUCCUGGGAGACUUUUGUUCUCUCUUUCCUUUUUUUUAGUUUUAAUGCCAGGGCUACUUCUGCUGUACCUCAGUGGUAGCACAUUGUAGAUUACAUUAAAACACACAACUCACUGUGAUGAUGGGAGUGAUAUCAGAUACAGACAGUGUUGUAUUUGUUCCCUUGCGCCAAACAGCAAAGGAAAUGCCAGCUGACUCUUUUGAUUAGAAGGUAAUGUCGGUGGAAGAGAAUGCUGUCACUAGAAAAUGCUCUCCCACUGCUUGAUAAAUGCAGAGGCAAAGACUAGACAUCUGUAGGAACUAAACAUCAAGGAAGCCAAGACAUUUAUUUUCAAAGCCAGAAUUCUCUCAUCUUCUAUUCUGGGAAUGCUAUUUCAGUUGUACAUCUGAAUUUUAAAAAAAAAAACAAAAAACAAAAAACACAUUUACUGAUAGAUAAUGGAUUUAAAGAGUGGCUAAUUGGUCACAUGCCAUUGUUGGGAAACUGUGUUCUGAUUGGUUUGUGAAGGAACUCUUGAAAAUUAGCCUACUAGAGGCUAAUGUAUUUAUUUUUAGAGGUACAGGUUUUAAGUAUGUGUAUUUAAACAAAUUUUCAUGAUCUGAAUUUUAUAUAUGUAUAUGCAUAUAUAUGUGAGUAUAUGCAGCAGUGUAUAUUCUUCUACUAAUACAGUGAGAAAUCCAAACAGGUCACCUAGUAGAUUGAAUAUCUGAUAGGAUUUCUAUAUCAAAUAGCACAGAUUAACCAAACAUGUAUUUAUAUUCACCCGAGUUUUAAUGUUUUUAAACAAAGUUUCUUCCUGCAGUGCUUUUCUAUAUGAAGUACUAGAGUCACGCUUGGGCUUCUUCCCUUAUUGUUCCCAAGUUAUGUAAUGUAUAGUGAAUUUAUUCAAAAUGCCAUUUUAGUGUUUCUUUCCUAGAGUACUUUUGUGCGUUUGAGCACAACAGGGAUUAAAACAUCUGAUUGCCGCAGUAACUAUUGAGAAAUGGAAAUUGGUCAAGGUCUCAUGGUGUCUUGUACAAAGCAGAUCUAAAAAAAACGCCUCUGCAAUUCCAAAUAGUCCGACGCCUGCUCCACCAGGAUUGGUGGCUCUUUUCACAAGGUGCAUUGCUUUCUUCCAAACCCGUGUAAACGCAGAAGGCUUUUGCAGAUGUAAGAGCAAGCUUUUGUCAGCAUUCUUUAAUGGAGUUAAAAUGUUUAUGGUAAUUGUAACCUUUUAAAUGAGUUACGUGAAAAGAGCAUCUCAUUUUUAAUACACCCAGAUAUUUUCUCCUUGCCUUUGUGCAUUUUCCAGGACUUAAUUUUCUUAAUUUAUCUUUUCCUUUCAAUUGUAGUGAAGUAUAAUAAGUAGAUCCCAUUUAGCCCCUGAACACAUUACCAUCUACAGUGUCAUAAAAAGUCAUCUGGAAAGUCAGGGGAGGGGUGGAAAUCUGGAGUCAGGAUUUGGGACGUCAUGAAGGAAACACUUUCUUUCUCAGCCCACUUCAUAAUAACUGUUUUCUGACACUGAAGUUUUGUAGAUGAGAAUAAGAAAACUUUACUUUCCUGAGUUAUGACAUAUAACUUUGCUUUGUGUUUGGAAAAGAUGUGGAAGACUCGACUGCCUGGCUGGUUACACUUGCUUUCCAUGAAAUGCUCAGAAAAUGUCAGGACAUUCCUUCUCUAAUUGUGUGUCAGUGCAGUAUUGUAAUAAAACUACUGAUUUAAAAUAAUAGAA